GCCAGGCCUGGAGGAUAGCCGAGAGUUACUGCCGCUCCGGCUGCCGGUGUUUGCGGGUCGCGGGGAGCAGGGCCUGGUGGGCGGGGUGUGUCGCGAUGCCGGAGCUGGCGGUGCAGAAGGUGGUGGUCCACCCCCUGGUGCUGCUCAGUGUGGUGGAUCAUUUCAAUCGAAUGGGCAAGGUUGGAAACCAAAAACGUGUUGUUGGUGUGCUUUCGGGGUCGUGGCAAAAGAAAGUACUCGAUGUAUCCAACAGUUUUGCAGUUCCUUUUGAUGAAGACGACAAAGAUGAUUCUGUCUGGUUUUUAGACCAUGAUUACUUGGAAAACAUGUAUGGAAUGUUUAAGAAGGUCAACGCCAAAGAAAGAAUAGUUGGGUGGUACCACACAGGCCCUAAACUACACAAGAAUGACAUCGCCAUCAAUGAACUCAUGAAAAGAUACUGCCCUAACUCAGUAUUGGUCAUCAUUGAUGUGAAGCCAAAGGACCUGGGACUGCCCGCAGAAGCAUAUAUUUCGGUGGAAGAAGUUCAUGAUGAUGGAACCCCAACCUCAAAAACAUUUGAGCACGUGACCAGUGAAAUUGGAGCCGAGGAAGUCGGAGUUGAACACUUGUUAGGAGACAUCAAAGACACUACAGUGGGCACUCUUUCCCAGCGGAUCACAAACCAGGUCCAUGGUCUGAAGGGCCUCAACUCCAAGCUCCUGGACAUCAGGGGCUACCUGGAGAAGGUGGCCACUGGCAAGCUGCCCAUCAACCACCAGAUCAUCUACCAGCUGCAGGAUGUCUUCAACCUGCUGCCAGAUGUCAGCCUGCAGGAAUUUGUCAAGGCCUUUUACCUGAAGACCAACGAUCAGAUGGUGGUGGUAUAUUUGGCCUCACUGAUCCGUUCUCUGGUUGCCUUGCACAGCCUCAUCAACAACAAGAUUGCCAACCGGGACGCAGAAAAGAAAGAAGGGCAAGAAAAGGAAGACAGCAAAAAGGAUAGAAAAGACAACAAAGAGAAAGAGAAGGAAAAGAGUGAUGUAAAGAAAGAAGAGAAAAAGGAGAAAAAAUAAAACAUGUAGCUUUUUAAUUUGUAAAU